AUGGCUGCCACUGCCGCUACUUCUGCAUUAUUCUCCGUUGCUUCUCCAUCACCUGGCCCUAGUGCUAAGACAUCUGGCAAGCUUGGAGGCAUGCCAGCAAGUGUAGACACACGAGGGAUUAAAUCAAAAUCCUCCUCUGCUUCUUCUGGGGGUUUACAGGUUAGGGCCAAUGCUCAAGCUCCUCCAAAGGUGAAUGGGACCAAAGUUGGUGUGAUGGAAGGCCUGAAGAGUGAGGACGAGAUGACAUCAUCACCUCCCCCAAGGACUUUUAUCAACCAAUUGCCUGAUUGGAGCAUGCUUCUAGCUGCCAUAACGACAGUUUUCUUGGCAGCAGAGAAGCAAUGGAUGAUGCUUGAUUGGAAGCCAAAGAGGCCUGACAUGCUUAUUGACCCAUUCGGUUUGGGAAGAAUUGUUCAGGAUGAUCAGCAGAUCUGA